ACUCACACAGUCGUGACCGAGAGCUGAAAUGGCGCAAAGAGUUCAACUUUUUCACAGCUCUGCUGGACCUGAAGAUGUGGCUUGUGAUGUUUGUGAGGAGAGGAAGAGGAAAGCUGUCAAGUCUUGCUUCACUUGUUUGGCCUCUUAUUGUGAAGAUCACCUCCAGCCUCACCAUGAUGCUCCACCUUUAAAGAAACACAAGCUGGGGAAUCCCUCCAAGACUCUCCAAGACAACAUCUGCUCUCGUCAUGAUGAGGUGAUGAAGAUCUUCUGUCGUACUGAUCAGCAGUGUAUCUGUUUUCUUUGCACUAUGGAUGAACAUAAAGGCCAUGAAACAGUCCCAGCUGCAGCAGAAAGAGCUGAGAAAAAGAAGGAGCUCCAGGAGAGUCGACAACAAAUCCAUCAGAGAAUCCAGGACCAAAAGGAAGAUGUGAAGCUGCUUCAACAGGAGGUGAAGGCCAUCAAUGUCUCUGCUGAAAAAGCAGUGGAGGACAGUGAGAAGAUCUUCACUGAGCUGAUCCGUCUCAUCCAGAAAAGAAGCUUUGAGGUGAAGCAGCAGAUCAGAUCCCAGCAGGAAACUGAAGUGAGUCGAGUCAAAGAUGUUCGGAAGAAGCUGGAGCAGGAGAUCACUGAGCUGAAGAGGAAAGACGCUGAGCUGGAGCAGCUCUCACACACAGAGGAUCACACCCAGUUUCUCCUCAACUACCCCUCACUGCCAGCACUCAGUAGGUCUAAACACUCAUCCAGCAUCAACAUCCGUCCUCUGAGACACUUUGAGGACGUGACAGCAGCUGUGACAGAGAGCAGAGAUAAAUUAAAGGGUGUCUUGAAAGACACAUGGACAAACAUCUCAAAGAGACUAACUGAGGUUGAGGUUUUACUGUCUAAGCCAUAUUCAGUAACUAGAUUUUCUUUUUUAAAAUAUUCACAAAAAGUCACUCUGGAUCCAAACACAGUUAACAAAAAUCUGUCCUUAUCUGAGAGUAACAGAAAAGUAAAAAAAAUGGCAGAACAACUGCCUUAUCCUGACCAUCCAGACAGGUUUACUCAGCAUUCUCAGGUCCUGACUAGAGAGAGUCUGACUAGACGUUGUUACUGGGAGGUGGAGUGGGGAGGAGGAGGAGGUGGGGUGGUAGCAGUUUCUUACAAGAACAUCAGCAGAAAAGGACAAUUUGGAUUGAAUGACAAAUCUUGGUCAUUAUUUUGUACCACAGACAAAUACACAUUUAAGCACAACAGCAUUGAAACUCCAGUACCAGGUCCAGUUUCCUCCAGAAUAGGAGUGUACCUGGACCACAGAGCAGGUAUUCUGUGUUUCUACAGCGUUUCUAAAACCAUGACUCUCCUCCACAGAGUCCAGACCACAUUCACUCAGCCACUACAUGCUGGGGUUGGUCUUUUCUUAAAGUCAGCCUCUGCUGAGUUCAUUGAGCUUAGUCAGCAGUGAUCUGAGGUCCACUUGGUUAAAAUGUGUAUUCUAGUUUCUGUUUUAGUCUUCAUCAUUGUUGUAGAGAGCUCAUUGACGUCAUUUCUUCAUUGCUCAGAAAUCAGCUGUUUUUAUGGACUUACUUUGUUGUCUUUUGUUGAUGUUGAAGUUUUUUUUUUUGAGUGCUGCCCCUUAUUCUUUACUCGGGAGGAUUUUGAAUAACCUAAAAUAAUUACAGUUAUAUUUAUUUUAUUGCUUUGUCAGACCAACUGUUGUUCAAAUCCUUAUACAGAUAGCCUGAAGAAAAUGUAAUUAUUCUCAUCAUUCAGGCCAUCAGUCAUUAUUUUUUUUGACAAAUAUUAGAUGAUUUUUGACAUUUGUUAUUGUUUUUAAAUAUCAGGAAUUUCAGCUUCAACAUGUGUUGUCUCUUUAAUUAAUGCACAUCACAGUUCAGGAAUCCUGAAAGAACAAGAAAAGGUUUAGCCACAUAAUAUUCUCAAGAGUUUGUAAAGCUUCAUUUCAUUGAAAAAAACACUGAAAACAUUUUUCUGUGUAACUGUAAAAAACCUCUCCAGAACGACGUCCACAUGAAGAUAUUCAUUCAUUUGUAAAUUUAGCUGAGAAGCAAAGUCCCUCCUGUAUGUUUAUGUAGAGAUCUGAGGUUCUGAGUGGAGUUGUAUAGUAAUGGGCAUUGAUUACAUUCCCUGCUAUGCUUUUUUGUUUUCACCAUAUAGGACUUCAUACAACAGUCAUUAUUGGUUAUUUGUUUUUUACUUUAAUGAUUAAAUCAGUGUGUUUUAUUGUAAAAAUCUGAAUAAACUGAA